AUGAUUCUGCCAAGUUUGAACAUCACUCUGAUUUUUACCAAUUAUGGACCUCCUGGUGCUCUUAAUUAUGGAGUUUUCAUAAUCUCUCUUGCAGUCUUUCUUACAACUGUUUUUGCAAAUGUAACAUUGAUGCUGGUGAUCUACUUGGAUACAACUCUCCAUAAACCAAUGUACAUAUUUUUAUUCAAUCUGGCUAUUAAUGGACUGAUCGGAUCCUCUGCUGCACUUCCUAAAAUAAUGGAAAAUCUUAUUACUGAUUUGAAAGACAUACUAUAUAUCAACUGUAUUCUUCAAGUGUUCUUUGUUAAUAUUUAUGCAACAUGUGCAUAUGUUAUAUUGACAGUUAUGGCAUAUGAUAGGUAUGUUUCAAUCUGCAAGCCUCUACAGUAUCAUAAUAUCAUGACACCAGGAAAAAUUAGACUACUGCUAUUCAUUGGGUACUUUUUCCCUGUCUGCUCCCUAGCUGUGCAGGUGUAUCUUACUUCAAGGUUGCCUAUGUGCAGGUAUACAAUAAACAAACUGUUUUGUGACAAUAUGAUACUUGUUAAUCUCUCCUGUGUCAAAAGUACAUGGGCAGAACUGUAUAGCAUAAUUUUGGUAUUUGUUUUUGUUGUUCUACCUCUAAUUUUUGUUAUCCUUUCAUAUGUCAGGAUAUUAUUUGUCUCUUUGAAAGCAUCAAUAAGUGCCCAGAAGAAAGCCUUAAAAACAUGCACCCCCCACUUGAUUACUUUUAUAAAUUUUUCAGUGGCCACUCUUUUUUCUGUGAUAUAUAGUCGAGUUAAUUUAAAUGUCACAAAGGAAGUUAAUGCCUUUAUGUCAAUUCAUUUUAUCUUGAUCCCUCCACUUCUGCAUCCACUUAUUUAUGGGAUAAGGACAAAGGAAAUCGGCAAUAGCAUCAUGAAAAUUCUGCAAAGGAAAAUUGUUGCUGUUGAUUUCCACUUAAGAUCUGAACAAAGUUGUAAAGAUAUAGUUUUUCAUUGUACUAAAUAA